AUGUCGGAGGAAGACCAUCAGGCGAACACCCAGGAGCACGAGCUCAAGCAGGAAGAUGCCAACGCAACCAUUAACAUCAAGGUGCGUCGUCAUUCUCGAAAGAAGCGCGAUUUCGGUGAAAUCAUCGAGUGGCUUAUCGAUGUUGUGAAUUCGCAGGUUGUGAGCUCGUCAGGCGAAGAGGUUUUCUUCAAGAUCAAGCGAAGCACCAGGCUUAGCAAGCUCCAGGGAGCCUAUGCUAGCAAGGUUGGCAAAGAUGUUGGAAGCAUCCGAUUCCUGUACGAUGGGUCCCGGAUACAAGAAGAUGAUACACCUGCGACUCUUGAUAUGGAAGACAAUGAUACCAUUGAUGUCAUGGUAGAGCAGGUUGGAGGAUCCCUUGCUGCGCUGCCCUAG